AUUGCACAAAGCUUGCUUGUUUGAUAAGCUAAUUAAUUACUUAAUUCGUGAAAAAAAAAAAGAAAUCCAGAGAAAUGGCAGAGGAAGGACAAGUCAUUGGCGUCCACACGGUUGAUGCAUGGAACGAGCAUCUCCAAAAGGGAAUUGAUGCCAAAAAACUGAUAGUUGUGGACUUCACUGCUUCUUGGUGUGGUCCCUGUAGGUUCAUUGCCCCAUUCUUUGUAGAGUUGGCCAAGAAGAUGCCCACUGUUACCUUCCUGAAAGUGGAUGUGGAUGAAUUGAAGUCAGUAGCUAGUGAUUGGGCUGUGGAGGCAAUGCCAACUUUCAUGUUCCUCAAGGAGGGGAAGAUUGUUGAUAAGGUGGUAGGAGCCAAAAAAGAUGAGCUGCAGCAGACCAUUGCCAAGCACAUCAGUAGUACCUCAACAGCCUAAUAAUAUGCUUUACUCUAUGUCAUAUUUGCGCUUGGUUUAGUGACAUCUAUCUUAAUAUAAGCAAGAAUAAAUUUAGUUUCUGUUGGAUAUUACAAGUUCUUACUAGUAAGUCAAUAUUUAUCCGUAGUUUGAUCUGUUCCUUAUCCAAUCAAAAGUUGAUUUCUUGCCUCUUAUUGAUGAUUUUAUUUAAGAAA